AUGGGGACCGGUAACUACACAAAACUAAGCUCUUCUGGAGCAGAAGAAGACCAGGGUAUUCCUCUUGAACCUCUUGACUCUUUUGAUCUCGAUUCUCUUGCAUCUUCAGGUGAUGGUGACCAUGGCGAGGGUCACGGUCACUCAUCAUCGCUCGGCACACCAUCUAGUCGUGGAUUAUCUCCACUCCGUUCUCCGAUUGGAUCACAUAGUGGCUCGGAUGUUCCUGGAUUUGACGACGAUGACUACCAGCAUCUUUUACUAGGCGGCGGCGGCGGUGGUGCGGGGAACAUUGGCUGGGGCGAAAGCAGUCGCGGAGGGCACGCCCGCUCAGGCAGUGUUUCGACACUUGGAGAUGUUGUAUUUGCAUUACCAUCAACACGCGUGCGACGAACAGACACAGAAGUUCCUCUAGAAAAGCAAAAACGGUUAAGUUUGUUUGACGGUCUAAGUUUAGUGAUUGGACUUCAAAUCGGAUCUGGAAUUUUCUCAUCACCUACACAAGUAGACCGGAAUGCAGGAUCAGUCGGUGCUUCGCUAGUGGUAUGGCUAGUUGCCGGACUUCUUGCAUGGACCGGCGCAUCCUCUUUUGCCGAGCUGGGGACUACCAUUCCUCUAAAUGGCUCCUCACAAGCAUACCUCAAUCAUAUUUAUGGCCCGUUGCCUUCAUUUCUUUUUUCAUGGACUGCCGUAACUAUUCUUAAGCCUGGUAGCGCAGCCAUCAUUUCCAUUAUUUUUGGUGAAUACAUUGCCCGGUGUAUUGGUGCUGAAGUUAUCAACACUUAUUGGUUCCAUAAACUUUUUGCCAUUAUUGCCUUAACAGCGGUGACAGCCAUCAACAGUUUCAGCACUAAGCUUGGCGCGCGCACUGGUAACGUCUUGUUUGUGCUCAAACUAUUAUUACUUUUAGCACUUAUUGUUCUUGGUAUUGUGGGAGCUGUGAUUUUGCGUAAAGACCCUGUUCCUUCUGCUUUGGUAGCAAGCGGUGGCCAUAUCUUUGCUGGUUCUUCAAAAGAUAUAGGCCACUAUGCUAUUGCUCUUUACGCUGGUCUCUGGGCUUAUGAUGGCUGGGACAAUGUCAAUUACGUUGCUGCUGAGAUGAAGAAUGCCCGCAAGGACUUACCCCGCGUUAUUCACACAGCCCUGCCAACAGUCAUUGUGGCAUACUUGUUGGCCAAUGUUUCGUACUAUGCUGUUCUUACGCGUGAAGAACUGUUAAACUCUGCCACAGUCACUCUGACCAUGGCCAAUAAAGUCACAGGCCGUGUUGGUGGUAUUAUUUUUGCACUGGGCAUUUCUCUAUCAUGUUUGGGUGCUCUUAACGCGUCUGUAUUUACCUAUGCACGACUUAUUUACACUUCUGCAAAAGAUGGCUUCUAUCCUCAGAUCUUUGCCCACACAUCUAUUAAACGCGGGGCUCCUCUAAAUGCUCUUUUGCUGAGUUAUGCCUUGACACUCAUUUUUGUACUUGUGGGCGAGUUUCACUCAUUGCUUACUUUUUGUGGGUUGGCCAGUUAUCUGUUUUACUUUUGGACAGUUCUGGGUGUUGUGUUUCUGCGAGUGCGCGAGCCCAAUUUGGAUCGGCCAUACAAGACUUUCAUCACGACUCCAAUUUUGUUUUGCUGUGUUGCGCUAUUCCUUGUGUCGCGAACAGUGUUUGAAGAGCCUCUGCAGUCUUUAUACGCCGUGCUAUUUAUCUCAGCAGGUGUUCCCCUUUACUUUUGGCGGUUUGGAAUUAGUUGGAGACCCAGCGUUCCGGACUGGCUUCGCCGUGUGUUUCGGAGAUGA